AUGGACAUGGAUCCGACAGACCAAAUCAAUUUCAUAAAGGAGAUUGCUCCUGACGCAUCUGAGGAGGUAAUCCGCGCUGCACUUUUCAAGCACCCGAAAGACAUAAACGCAGCAGUUGAGGCGAUCUUGAGCAUGAAUACCGACUCCUUAAUGGAUGUCUCUGGUCCGAUGGAUGAGAAUAUUGAUCCAUUAUUGGGUGCUUCAAUGGCAGAUCAGGAACUCUGGAAUCGGGGUAGAGGCGCCCUCAAUGCGACGGACCGAGGCAGAGCUCGUAAUAACUCACCCAUCCAUGUAGAGGUCACCGGCCCAAGUCCUCAAGCAUCCUCGAUGGCGCUCGUGCACGUGCCGACCCAAAACGCUGCUACUGAAUCACAUAACUACGCCACAACUACAGGUCCAGUGUAUGCAGGCCCAGUAUACGGUCCACACCCGGACCCAAACAGCUACAAUCAAUAUUCGAAUAGCCAAUCACGUCAAGACGACGACUUGUCCAAAGCCAUUUCAGCCUCCUUACAAGACUCUAUGCUCGACGCGGGCGGAAAUCGAUUUGUUGAAGUGCCAAUCUGGGGUCAAAUCCGCCUCAGCCCAGAGGUCCCAGUCCGACUGCGGUCACACAACCCAGAUGCUAUUGCACUGGCACUCUUAAUCCAAGCAUUCUAUCAUGUUCCGCAGAUACAUGAAACCAUGAGACAUAUGAUGUUUGGAAACGCCGUGGAGCAUCCUGGCGUCAUCAACUUUUGGGACCAGGGUAUACAUCUCUAUUGGAGAUGUAUUUCUAUAAUGAGGAUGUCCACUAGGGCCGAGGUUAUCCUAGAUGAGAUUUCUGGCGCGCAAGGAGGGAUUGCUCAUCUUGGAUUCAAGACAAUCAAGGAGCAAGUCGAAGCAUACUACAACCGCUUUGUGAUGGAUUCGGUGCAAAUAACCAGAUAUCAUCUUUCGAGUAUGCUCUGCUCGACCAUCUGGAUACCUCCUAGCGGCGCAUUUCAGUCAUCCAAAUUCUUCAGCGAGGAGGCUGCAGCGCAUGAAUCCGACAAUGGGUCAAGAAGCAAGCUUCCCAUAAUUCCAAUUUCUUCAAACAUAAACUCACCGGAUAACGAUCUUCUUUAUCUGCUCCACGAGCUGACAUGGUCACGCAAGCUUGAGGAUCCAGCAGACGUGCUCACCUUCAGUAUUACACAUGAGGAGGGACCAGUUCCCCAGUCUUCCAUACUCAAAUCAUAUGUACCCUCGACUUCCAACUCGGGCCUAAGCCGGGCAGCUUCUGCACCGACACAGAAACAUCGACUCCGCUUCCCAGCACGAAUCUAUAUCGAUCCGUUUCUACACGAGAACAGCGAGAUUACCAGCAAUCAACGCAAGGUGCGCGCUAUGCUGAAUCAAGCAAUCAAAGAGUUGGAGGACAAGGUAGAGAAGCUCGAAGGUGCCCCUGAACGGUCAAAUCUGAAAUAUAUGCGCGCCUCAAUCAAAUACUUCACCGAUCUGGCAUCACAUAACCCUGCGGAUCCGGAGGAAGUUGUUCGGAAGACAUCACUCGAAAUGAUUCAAAAGGUUCUACGUGCUGCGGAGGCCGAGAUUUCCCGCACCCACGAACUCAUUGAAGAGCGAAGAAAGGAGAUGCUUACAAUUUUUGAUGUUACCGCCCUACAGAAGCACCCAUAUGACUUGCGAGUUGUUCUAAUGUCAGACGGCGUAUAUGGCCGAGAUCAUGUGUAUUCUUAUGUCAAAGGGGCCCACGAUCAGUGGUACAAAGUCAUGGAAGAAUCCGUGGCCAAGGUUGAUGAAGCAACUGUUCUUGGGGAUGCGACAGGACUUCAUAUGGGAGCAGGCCCCUUCAUGCUCAUAUAUUGCAAGGCAGCGCCGCUCUCUCCGCUGGAGGACGACCAGCAAGCUGCAGUAGAUCAUGCAGAGAAUCCCAAUGAGAAAGAUCACGGCGAUUCUAGGGCAGCCAACGAGUCAAAGCUGCUCGAAGAGCUAUCUCAGUGGCAUCCAGCGGUCAGAAGAGACAUCUUGCGCUUUAACAACGAUUUUAGGAACAAUCUCGAGACCUCUGGGAUUGUCGACAGCGACGGCAAUAUUAUCUUCAAGACCGACACUCCCAGUACAGCAGAACAGAAGAAUAUGACUUGCGAGGAAGAAGCAAUUCUGAUGACAUCCCUAUGGGAAGAUCCAUUGUCAAAGCUGGAUAAUGGGGAGAGUGUAGCAGAUUAUGAUGACGAUGCGCGAGAAGUGGUUAUGGAAGACACAGCAAGCAGUGUAGAGGCAGUCGACAUCGAGAUGGAGGAGCAAGCUGCACGACAUGGAUGGGGUACGAGUCAGAAGCGUAGUACUGCGGACGAAUGGCCAGAGUGGGGACCAUCGGACGAGGCUAGACAGAAGUGGGAGGAUGCUCUGCAAGAUGGUCGGAAGAGCAAGUACUGGGUGACCGAGCAGCCAUCUUCAGGGCCAAUCGAAGUCCAGGUGACACAGACAGUCGAAACAAACCAUGAAAAGGCUCCUCCAGCCUAG